GUCAACUCUUUGGUAUUAGAAGAGAGGAGGAGCACAGAAGUAGAGAUAAAGUGGAGCAAAUAGAUCAAUCAGUGCAAUAAAGGCCAGCAUUACUCCCUCCAUGGGCUGGACUGACUGGAUGGACACAGAAUUUACCAUGGAUAAUUUUCAGUUUGACUACUCAGACUACAACGAGAGUUCAUAUUUUGAAGGCAAUUUUACCUAUGCUAAUGAUUCUUCCCCUGAUACCUACUUUGAGUGUGAGGAUUACAACACAAAAUCAUUUUCCAAAGUUUUCCUUCCCAUUUUCUACUCUACCAUCUUCAUUGUGGGAUUGCUGGGGAACACAAUGACCAUCAUUGUUUUCCUAAGGAACAGACAGACCAUGGCCAUGACUGAUACCAUAAUUCUCCACUUGUCUACCGCCGAUAUCCUCCUCGCAGUCACUCUGCCCUUUUGGGCUGUGGAAGCUGUCAAAGGCUGGAUUUUUGAGUCAUUUGCUUGCAAACUUUUUGGGGCGAUGUUCAACAUCAAUUUCAACAGUGGCAUUUAUCUUUUGGGUGGCAUUAGCAUUCAACGUUACCUUUCCAUUGUGCAUGCAGUCCAGAUGUACAACAAACCCAGAUCUUUAAUGGUACACAUCAGCUGCUGUGCUGUUUGGUUCUUCUGCCAUCUCUUAGCCAUCCCUGAUUUCAUAUACCUAAGGAAAAUAAAAUUGAAUGAUACAUGGCAAUGCCAAUAUAAGUUUGAAGCCAGCACAGCCAAGAAAUGGAUCAUGAGUUUGCGUUUUCUUAACCAUUUCAUCAGUUUCCUUAUCCCACUGACAAUAAUGCUCUACUGUUACUUCAUGAUCAUCAAGACUCUGCGCCAAUCCCAUAAAUUGCAAAAGAAUAAGGAAGUCAGGGCCAUGAAGGUCAUUGUCAUGGUAGUUGCUGCUUUCCUCAUCUGCUGGGUCCCUUACAAUGUGGUCAUCUUCAUUGACACAUUGCAGAGGAUGGGUGUCAUAGGAAGGAGUUGUGCCAUUGAAUCCAGGUUGGAUAUUGCCAUCAGUAUCACUUCCAGCCUGGGCUACUUCCAUUGCUGUCUCAACCCAUUCCUCUAUGCGUUUGCUGGAAUGAAGUUCAGGAGAAAUUUACUGCAGAUCUUCUGUGAUAUUGGCUGCAUCACUCAGAAGACUGUGAAGAAAUAUGCCAAAUCUAUCAACAAGGAAACCACAUCACAAUAUCAGUCAGGAGAUACAACUAACUCUGGAUUAUAAAGCAAUUAAAAUCGCAUCCAAACUUACUGAAAUAUAUUUCAAACUUGAUUUAAUUCUGCAUCCCUUUGAAACAAAAGGGGAUAAAUUCAAAUCCAUCACCAGAGACCUGAGCAUGCAAGCCUGUCUUACAUUUUAGUGCAGUGUGCCUAAUAUAUUGCUACUAAAAUAUUCAAGAAAAAAAGUCUUUCGCCUAACCCAGCUGACUUUUUCUUAAUUCACCACGUCAAUGGCUCACAUGCAGACAAGUAGCAGAACCUUGAACUCCAGCGCUUCAAUCAAGUGUAAUGUAGCUCACAAUAUAAACUCAUGGCAUGAAAGGAAGGAUUGAAACUAGGAUUUUUCUAAUGAGAGUUAUCUUACAGCUAGAUGUUGUAAAUAAAAUUGUAAAUAUAGUCUAUCAGUAGCACACUGUAAUCUUACAAAUUUUGAAACUGACAUUUAAAAUCACAGGAAUCAUGCCUACCAUUUCUCGAUAUGCCCUCUCUGUGGACAAGGCUGAGGAUCAAGUGUGCAUGUUUGAAAGCUAGAUCCCUAAACCACCUUCACAAUGGACAUCCGUUGAGAUACCAGAGUUCUACCAGGAGAUAAAUAAUAAUAACACAUCAAAAACCUAAAAUAACUUUACAAAUAAUGUCAAAUUCUGAAACAUAUAAGGAGAGACAUUUUUUGCAGUUCAUAAUGAAGAUCAAAAAGAUUCAUUUUGCCUCUGUUUAUUCAGACCAAAAACUGCAUCAGAUGAAGAAAGAUGUGUCAGUGGCUCAGACUGAGACUGAAAGAAAGAAAAGCCAUUUCUGUUCAGAUCAGAAAGAUGACUGUUCUGUUGAAGCAGGGAGGCCACAAAAUUGUAAAGCGCUCAACAUAAGGCUAAAGUAUGCCCAUCUUGAGGCAAGCCAAACAAAAUCGUAGUUUUAUUGAUUUUACUGCAGUUUAAGCUUGUACAAUGAUAUGGAUCACAUGUUACAACCUUGAGACCAUUUUUUUUAAUAGUGAACUUUUAUGCCAAGUUAUAUUUUGUUUAUACCAAGCCAGGCUAAGUAUCUGUGACAAUGUGACAAUACAUUCAUUGGACUCAAUUAAUGCCAUGCAAUUGCAAUUCUGAAACCAGUUAUUGUAUGUUUGUGAAAGACCCUGAGAGUCAGGUUAUC